AUCCAAGUAGCUGGGGCCACAGGUGUGCGCCACCAUGCUCAGACCAUUUUUCCUGAUCCAGGAGAGAAUCAAACAAGAGUCUGACACGUUUUAAAGUCUGGAAAAGGAGGGGUAUCUCCAAUUUCCGCAGAAGGAGGGGAGAGUCUUGACUGUUUUGUCAAGAAUGAGUACACAGCUAUGGUAUUUCGCAGCAUUGUUUCCACAGCCUGACUUCUCUAAAACGAUUGCAUGGAGGUAGAUGGACUGACUUGUUGACUACUGACAGCAAAGCUCCAUGCACAAUUUCACCUUCACUUGAACUGCUUCAUUCAGAACUCUGCAAAUUCCCUGAAGUAGAAGGAAAAAUGACCACAAUCAAGGAGGCAGUGACCUUCAAGGAUGUGGCUGUGGUCUUCACUGAGGAGGAGCUGGGGCUGCUUGACCCUGCCCAGAGGAAGCUGUACCAAGAUGUGAUGCUAGAGAACUUCAGGAACCUGCUCUCAAUAGGGAAUCAACCAUUCCACCAAGAUACUUUCCACUUCCUAAGGAAGGAAAAGUUUUGGAUGAUGAAGACCACAAGCCAAGGAGAAGGAAAUUUAGGAGGCAAGAUCCAAAUUGAAACUGUUCCAGAAGCAGGACCACAUGAAGAGUGGUCCUGCCAGCAAAUCUGGGAACAAAUUGCAAGUGACCUAACCAGGUCUCAAGACCCCAUAAUAAACAGCUCUCGGUUCUUCAAAGAAGGUGAUGUCCCCUGCCAGAUUGAGGCAGACCUAUCCAUAAGUCAUGUGCAACAGAAACCUUACCAGGGUAAUGAAUGUAAACAGUCCAUCAGUUAUGUUUCUGUCUUUGAUCUCCAUGAACAAUUACACUCAAGAAAGAAGUCUCAUACAUGUGAUGAGUGUGGAAAAAGCUUCUGUUACAUCUCAGCCCUUCAUAUUCAUCAGAGAGUCCAUUUGGGAGAAAAACACUAUAAGUGUGAUGUGUGUGGUAAGGAAUUUAAUCAGAUCUCACAUCUGCAAACUCAUCAGAGGAUCCAUACUGGAGAGAAACCAUUCAAAUGUGAGCAGUGUGGGAAAGGCUUCCAUAGUAGAUCAGCACUUAAUGUUCAUUGCAAAUUACACACAGGAGAGAAACCUUAUAAUUGUGAGGAAUGUGGGAAGGCCUUCAUUCACGAUUCACAGCUUCAGGAACACCAGAGAAUCCAUACUGGGGAGAAGCCAUUCAAAUGUGAUAUAUGUGGUAAGAGCUUCUGUGUUAGAUCAAGACUUAAUAGGCAUUCUCUGGUUCACACAGGAGAAAAACCAUUCAGAUGUGAUACAUGUGGUAAGAACUUUCGUCAGAGAUCAGCACUUAAUAGUCAUUGCAUGGUUCACGUAAGAGAGAAGCCAUACAAAUGUGAGCAGUGUGGAAAAGGCUUCAUUUGUAGGCGAGAUUUUUGUAAGCAUCAGAUGGUCCACACAGGAGAGAAACCAUAUAAUUGUAAAGAAUGUGGGAAGAGCUUCAGAUGGUCUUCAUGUCUUUUGAAUCAUCAGCGAAUCCAUAGUGGAGAAAAACCCUUCAAAUGUGAAGAAUGUGGAAAGGGAUUUUAUACAAAUUCACAACGAUCUUCCCAUCAGAGAGUCCACAAUGGAGAAAAGCCCUAUAAGUGUGAGGAGUGUGGUAAGGGCUAUAAAAGGAGGUUGGAUCUUGAGUUUCACCAGAGGGUCCACACGGGUGAGAGACCCUAUAACUGUAAGGAAUGCGGGAAAAGCUUUGGCUGGGCCUCUUGUCUUUUGAAACAUCAGAGACUCCACAGUGGAGAAAAACCUUUCAAAUGUGAAGAGUGUGGAAAGAGAUUUACUCAGAGUUCACAACUUCAUUCCCAUCAGACAGUUCAUACUGGAGUAAAACUAUACAAAUGUGAGCAGUGUGAGAAGGGGUACAACAGUAAAUUUAAUCUUGACAUGCACCAGAGGGUCCACAGGGGAGAGCGACCCUACAGUUGUAAGGAAUGUGGAAAGAGCUUUGGCUGGGCUUCAUGUCUUUUGAAACAUCAGAGACUCCACAGUGGAGAAAAGCCAUUGAAAUGGGAGUGUGGGAAGAGAUCUAUUCAGAAUUCACAGCAUCGUUUACAUCACAAAGUCUAUAUGGGAGAAAAGCCAUACAAAUGUGAGUGUGGGAAAGGCUAUGGCCGGGCCUCAACUCAUCUGACCCAUCAGAUUCUCCUCAGCAGAGAAAAACCAUCCAAAUAUGAGGACUAUGAGAACUUUGUACAUAUAUUAAAGACCAAGAAAGAAGUCCACAGUGGAGAUAAUCCAUACAAAUGUGAGGCAUGUGGGAUGUACUACAACAGGCACUUGACUUUAUAUGUCAGUGUCCAUAUGGCAGAGAAACUACAGAAGUUUGGGAAGAUUGUCAUGUGCUUCAGUCAUGCCUCAAGUCUUCAACUUCAUCAGAGUGUUCACAUUCAAGAAAAACCUUAGUAAUGUGACGUCUAUGAUAGUCUUCACAGUUACAAGCUUAUCUGAGAGCUCACAAUGGGAGAGACAUUAAAAAUUUGAUACACGUGGUAA